CACUAGACAUCGGAAAAUGGAAACUUGGCAAUUGGCAUUUGGUUGCUCCAUGUUGGACAACGACAGUCUUUCGCAGCUGUUUUAAAUCAUUUGUUAUCAGCGUUUGUAUUGUAUUUUAAUUAUAUCUAGCCACUAGCGCACUCAAUACAUUGUAUUAUCAUCCACGAAUUAUUUUACACAACAUAUUAACAAAGACAUUUUGAAAAUUGUGACCUAAAACGGAGCUCUUCAGUGACGUAAUUAGAACGGUCGACGGUCGUAAAAUUGUGAAACGCCAGUGGCUACUGUGUACUGACAAAUUUAUUGUGCGAAUGGUGCUGCAUUUGCCGUAAGUCCGUGUUAUUUUUCAAAAUGUGGGAAGUGGAUUCUGACACGGGAUCCCAGAGCGCAUCGUCGGAUGGUAUUCGACGAAGACAAGGAUGGGAUCCCGAGGCCGAGAGUCUUGCAUCCCAAAUCGAUGAGCUCGAUGAGGUCCUUGCCGAAGAGGAGGAAGGAUGUCCUCUACCAUCGACGCCCGAAGAUCAACACUUACUCGAUGCGGAAAUGGCCGAGGUUUUGAAGGCUGGUGUUUUGUCCGAUGAAAUUGAUCUCGGAGCUUUGGCGCACAACGCUGCGGAACAAGCAGAAGAAUUUGUUCGUAAGGUGUGGGAAGCGUCAUGGAAUGUAUGCCAUUUUAGACACCUGCCGCGUUGGCUUCAAGAUAAUGAUUACUUACACAGGGGCCACCGACCACCACUACCAUCUUUUAGCGCUUGCUUUGCGUCUAUUUUCCGCAUUCACACUGAAACUGGAAACAUUUGGACUCACCUACUUGGAUGCAUCGCUUUCAUCGGCGUAGCUAUUUAUUUUGUAACACGACCUUCCAUUGAAAUUCAAACACAAGAGAAGAUGAUAUUUGGAGUGUUUUUCGUUGGUGCUAUUGUUUGUUUGGGAUUUUCUUUUGCAUAUCACACACUGCAUUGUCAUUCGGAAAUGGUUGGAAAACUUUUCUCCAAAUUGGAUUACUGUGGAAUAGCUCUGCUUAUAAUGGGUUCAUUUGUUCCUUGGCUGUACUACAGCUUCUACUGCCACUAUAGGCCAAAAAUAAUAUACCUAUCAGUGGUAGUGGUGCUUGGUUUUUUGUCUAUAAUAGUGUCACUGUGGGAUAGAUUCUCUGAGCCCCGACUAAGGCCUCUGCGAGCAGGAGUUUUUAUGGGUUUUGGCCUCUCUGGUGUAGUUCCUGCCAUACACUAUGGUAUCACAGAGGGCUGGUUAAGCCAAGUGAGUAAGGCGUCAUUAGGCUGGCUGGUGCUAAUGGGGCUUUUGUAUAUUCUAGGGGCAAUGUUUUAUGCCCUGCGUGUUCCUGAAAGAUGGUUCCCUGGCAAGUGUGAUAUCUGGUUCCAGUCUCACCAGAUCUUCCAUGUGCUUGUCAUUGUUGCCGCGUUUGUCCACUACCAUGGAAUUAGUGAGCUAGCUUCAUACAGAGUGACUGUAGGAGAGUGUUCAAUACCCCAAUCCUCAAUUGCAUUCUAACUGGCCCAGUCUCAUAUGUGAUAGUAGAUCAUAGAUAAUUGAAUAAGAAAAAAAAUCACAAAUUUUCAAUAGUUUCACUGUAUAUUUUUCACAAUAAUUACAUAAUUUUUUAAAACACAUUUUUACCUAGGUUUUUUAAAAAAAAAUUGCAGUGAGGCUGAAUGUUGAUAGACACAAAUUUGUGUUAUAGUUCUGUUGGGCUUAUGUUUUAAAGUUGAUAGUUACUUUUAAUUUUGAUUAUUUAUUUGUAUAAUAGAUUAGUUAGAUGUUAUUAGUUAUUCCUUUCCUUUUUAAUUUUCUUUACAUAUGCACUUGUAAUUACACUUAAAAGUAUUACAAUUAAGUUGUAUAAAAUUCUUAAACAUCAAAUAUACUUUCAAUAUUGUACUUAAUUUAUUGGACGUACCUUGCACUAAUUAGAAUUAUUUGUGGUAGUUAGUAGUCAAUGACCACAUAUUGUGACUUACUUUUAACUUGUAAUUUGAUUCACUUUACCAUUAUUGUUUUAUAAAAAUUUAAAUGAUCCAUAUGAGACCUUAUUAUAAGAAUCUCAUUUCACUUGAGGCUAAUAAAAAUUUUUGUUUAACUUAUUUUCUGUCUUGAUAAUAUUUACCUCAUUCUUAAGAAACAUUCCAUUUUCAAAUUGAAAUACAAUGUUUGAGAUAAGUUUUUUUCAUGUUCUUUCAUAUUCUAAAAUAUGUGGUCUAAUGCUAGAUGUAAUGAAAAAUUAUAUUCUAAAUUGUUGUAAGUGUUCAUGAUAUAAAGAUUUUAUGGAAAAACGAGAAAAUAAUGCAAAAAUUAAAGCUAUUGGACAGUACAUUACUGUAGAAUGUGUGGAAUGGAGAAAAAAUAUUUUAACUAAUAAAGUUAUUAAUGUGACAAACUUUGUGUUGGAAGUUUUUGUGAUUGUUUAUUAUUUUCAUACUUAUUUUUUUUUAAUUCACACAUUAACUUGUAUUUUUGCUGAUUAUUAUAAGCAUUUCAGUAUUUGGUUGUCUGCUCAUGACUGAUAAAGACAAUAUUCACAACAAUGUUUCUGUAACUACUAAUAAAAAUUUGUAGUUUGUUUUGUUUCAAUGUACUAAUUCAUGUUAAUUCCAUUGUUGCUAGAAUAGAAAAAUAAGUAAUAUUAAACUUUAUUGUGUAGAUAUUAUCGCUUUCAGAAUUGUUUAAUUUUUUAGACCUUUUCUUGUUUUAAAUGGGAAUAAAAUGUGAUUAUGGAAUAAAGUAAUUUGAAAAAUAA